AAGCGUACGCUGAUUAGACGCUGGCCAGUAACGUACGUGGUGGGUGUGGCCUGCCGUCACACGAAGAAAAGCACAACACAAGCAAGAUUGGCAUGUCUUCUCCAGAGAUUGCUUCCUUAUCCUGGGGCCACAUGAAGGUCAAAGGUUGCUCUGCAUCCUAUAAAGACUGUAAAGUGUGGCCUGGUGGCAGCCGUGCCUGGGACUGGCGUGAAACCGGCACAGAUCAUUAUCCCAGUGUCCAGCCAGCUGAUCUGGAAGAGGUCCUGAGGAAAGGGGUGCAGACGCUGGUCAUAGGGAGAGGGAUGAGUGAAGCUCUACAGGUGCCUCCCUCCACCGUAGAUUACGUGAAGAAGCAGGGUGUCGACGUCAGGGUGUUCCAGACCGAGCAGGCUGUUAAAGAAUAUAACGCUCUGGCGGGACAGGGUGCUAAAGUGGGCGGGGUCUUCCACUCCACCUGCUGAUGACAUCAUUAACACAACCAGCUAAUUCAUUUAAUGCUGUGUUAAAAGUGCCUUACACUUCAAAUGAACAUUGUCUUCUUAAUAGAUGCUUUAUAAUUUGCUCUCUGGGCUAUUGGAGGAAAUAUUUUCCUUACUUUUGGUGAAAAAGUUAUUUGCUUUAUAAUCAAAUGAAAAUACCCCAUUAUUAUCACACACACCAGUGAUACAAAUGAACAAAAAACGAUUUAUUUAAGAUUAAACAUAAUUGUGAAAACA